UAUAUAAAUAAAAUUUAAACAACCUACUUUAUUACUUAGCUGGUGUCCAUGUUAAAAUACAGUUUUCUUGCUUAAUGGGGGACAGACUGAAGAGCGCAAAGGGUGUAUCCCACAUCUUAAUAAUCCUCUUUGGUGUGAUCCCUAUUUCGCUGACUUACAGUCUUCACAACGAGUUGGACCUCCACUCCGCUAUAUUCAACUCUACCUACGACAGAGAUAUUCGACCAGGGAUAAACAGGGACCUCCCGUUACAAAUUGAUACCACCUUCAUCUUAAAAAGCAUCAAAGAUUUAGAAGAAUCCACCGGUAAAUUCUCAGUAACGGGGGCUUUGAGUGUCUAUUGGAUCGAUGAUCGUUUGACAUGGAAUCCAAAUAACUAUGGUGGGAAUCUCCAUUCCAUCAUUGUUCCACAAAAGAAGAUAUGGAUACCCUAUAUCCUUAAUAUGCAUGAUUUUGGUGAAAUUAAAUAUACCGGGCAUAGUGAAUUGACUCUGAGAGUAGAGAGUAAUGGCUUUGUUGUAUGGAAUAUUCCAAAUCUUUACGAGAGUACGUGUGACUUUGAUUUGUCUAAGUAUCCCUUUGAUUCUCAGACUUGCGUGUUACCGUUCUAUGUAGUAGGAUUCGGUCAUGCAGAGGUAUUAUUUAAUAUCUCAGAAACAAAUAAGAUAGCAAACACGUCAAUAUACAGUGAGAAUGGUCUUUGGGCUGUUACAGGAACCCAAAUUUACACCACAAUCAACGAACUUGAUUUUCAAGAGGUUCGCGUAAGUGUUAGUAUGAAAAGACGAUCAGCCUACUAUAUAUCUAGUUUAAUCCUUCCAAUCUGUUUUCUUUCCUUCCUCCAGUUAUUUGUCUUUAUUAUGCCGCAUGAGUCUGGUGAACGUGUUGGAUUUGCUGUCACUGUCUUGUUGGCUGUUGCUGUCUAUCUGACGCUCAUACAAGACAAAUUACCAGAAGCUUCACAGCCCAGCGUGGCCUACCUUAGCUACAAACUUUUGGUAGACUUCAUCACAGGAAUAUUUGUUGUGGUCGGAGUUAUUGUGGGGUUGCGCUUUUAUCAUCGUGAAGAGGAAAAGGUAAUUCCGAAGGUUUUUCAGCUGUUUCACAGAAUAUUGUUUCCCGGAACUUUCUUGAGCUCACUGCUGAGGAGGAAGCCGAAAGUGACGGACGACGAGAAGGUUUCUUCUGAUGACGGGGCCGUGAACAUGGAAUAUAGUACAACGACGUGGAGUGAUGUAGGAAAGGCCACCGACCGAUUCUGUUUAAUUUUAUCUUGUCUUUCUUUUGUGCUAUGUAACUUCGUUUACUUCAUUGUCGCAACUUCUUGAUACUGGUAGUUUAAUUAAUU